AUGUACGACCCGCAAGACGAACUACAAGGAACACAGGACAUGUCAGGGAGAAGUAACAUUCUAGAUGAUCGCUCAACAAUGGAUGUGCCAGGACAACUACAGCCACCUCUAACACCCCUCACGGCUCACAGUACACCACGGAGACAAGAAGAUAACCUGUUGGAUUUAGCGGCGGGAGGGGUCGAAGAAGAUCAACACGUUGAGGACAUACCAAGGCAAGUUUCGGGAAGUGAAGGUUCAGACGAUUAUCGACUGCCACUACUACCCAAUGAAAGCAAUCCAUACCAGCAGACACCACUUUUGAACCGCCGGAAUUGGAAGCCAAAUGGGAAUGAAGGUAACGGACAAAAUCGGAACUCCGUUCAACCCCUUGAUGCAGACUGGAGGCGAGAAGUAAAUGAAAUGAUUGAACGGUCGUUAGCAACUCAUAUGGAGGCGUUGACGAUGAACAUAGCAACGAUGUUACAAAACCAGCUACCUCAGGCACCUUCGGAACCACCAGUACACCAACCUGCACCAAUUGAUGUUCCUGUUCCAGAACCUGCACCGCAACCUAGACGAGAAGGAUCAGUGGAGCGAAACUAUCCUAAUUCGGUAGCGUCGCAAAUAGCAGAUCUGAACGAUUUUAUGCAGAAUCGUCAACGUGAAGUACCACAAGAGGACUACAACGAUCGACGGUAUCGAUGGUUACGUGUACCAGUCAACAAGUGGCGGGUCAAUUUCAGUGGAGAUACCCGUGGACCGACACAGUUCCUAAAUAGAAUCGAAAUCCUGGCCAAAAAUAAUGCCGUGUCCGACCAGGAGCUCCUUUGCCAGGCAAACUUCUUCUUCAAAGAAGGUUCCGAAGCAGAGGAAUGGUAUUACACGUUUUGUCACAAGUUUUCGACGUGGACUGCGUUCAAACAUCACUUGCGACUGAGAUUUGAGCAACCUAAUAAGGACAGGAUCAUCGAGAGGCAGAUACUAGACAGACGUCAGUUACCUAGCGAAACUUUCAAUGCAUUCUUAGGUGCGAUUGAAAAACUAGCUCAACAGCUUUCGAAACCAAUGCCAGAAGGCAGAAAACUAGACAUUUUGUUGGAGAACAUGCGUGAUGCAUAUAAGCCGUUCUUGACGAUUUAUCGAAUCGAUCGUGUUGAGGAUUUGGUAGCAGUGUGCUACAGCCUCGAUAAAUCGAUGUACAAACCGUUUCAGAAUAGAGCUAGACCUUACAACCAGGUUAACAACAUUGAGGAAGGGGAGCAACCCUGCGAAGAUUACGAUGAGGAGGACCCAGAGGUGAAUGCUGUCGCUAAGCUACAAACGCGUAAAAAGACAGGAGGUAGACCAAACCAAGGUUAUCGUCAAGUACAGGAUCAGACCGAGCAAUCAGCCACUGGAGCAAGACCGAAAGUUCCACAGGAUGACGACAACAAUGUCCUCUGUUGGAACUGUCGUCAAUUUGGUCAUUUCUGGCGUGAUUGCGAAAAACCCAAAAAAGUGUUUUGUCACUUUUGCGGCCAGAUGAACGUGAUUACGAUGAACUGUCCAAACAAUCACGUUUUUCCAUCAAACGUUCAAAAAAACGAACCGGAGGAAAGAGCCAUUCUAGGAACCACAAUAAAUGCACUUUUGGAUUCGGGAGCAAGUGCUUGCAUAAUCGGGUCCCGAAGAAUCAUUGACAAGCACCGUCUACAGAUUCACCCUAUCAACCUGAAAAUCAAGACUGCAGACGAAACUUCCUACGAUUGUGAGGGCGUUGUAUAUGUUCCAUAUACGUACAAAGACCGUACAAAUAUAGUCCCAACUCUCUUAGUUCCACAGAUUUCAAGGGAACUGAUCCUGGGAAUAGAUUUCUGGGAAGCCUUCAACAUUGCUCCGGCAAUUGCUGACAAGGGAAAUAUCCAUGUCCUGGAAGUAAACAGCAUGGACACUUCACUAAUUAGCUUUGUUGAAAGGUACUUCGACAACAUCGAGGAAGAAAUUGCGUUUGUAAUUGAGCAAGAGGGACCCCAACCAGCAGAACCAGAGCCAAAGGAAGACAUCAGCUUAGAACUACCAGCCGUUGAGGAAACAACGAACGAAAACAUUACCACAGUGUCAACGGAACACGAUCUAACCCCUGAGGAAAGACGAGAACUGGACGAGAUCGUAGAAUCCCUGAAACACACAUGCAAAGGGAAAUUAGGGAGAACGAACUUGAUCAGUCACAGGAUUGAGCUCAUUGAGGGGGCGAAACCAAAAAAGCCGCCCCAGUAUAGAUGCUCGCCUCAUAUCCAAAAGGAAAUAGAUAAGGAAAUCCAGCGUAUGAAAGAUUUGGAUGUAAUUGAAGAGUCAUAUGCAGAGUGGUGCAAUCCACUUCUACCAGUUAAGAAGUCGUCAGGUGACUGGAGGAUCUGCCUCGACUGCCGACGAGUUAAUGAAGUGACCAGAACCGAAGCAUAUCCAUUUCCAGACAUGCUGGGGAUUUUAGGUAGACUUGAGAAGUCCAAAUACUUCACGGUCAUCGACCUCUCGAAGGCCUAUUGGCAAAUCCCACUAGAUGAAGCCAGUAGAGACUUGACGUCAUUCAGAGCGGGGAGGUCGUUAUACCGGUUUAAGGUGAUGCCGUUUGGACUCAAAGGCGCACCCAUAACUCAAACAAAACUUAUUAAUAAAGUUUUGGGUUUCGAUUUGGAACCGAGGGUUUAUGUUUAUUUGGAUGACAUAAUUAUAACAUCCAAAACCCUGGCAGAACACUUCUCACUCCUUCGAACAGUCGCAGAAAGGUUGAAGGCAGCAAACCUCACAAUCAGCCUAGAAAAAUCUCGAUUUUGUCAACGGCGGAUCAGCUACUUAGGGUACACACUGUCAGAAGAAGGACUGGCCAUUGACAGCACAAAAAUCCAGGCCAUCUUGGACUACCCGACUCCAAGAACAACCAAGGAGAUACGACGAUUCAUAGGGAUGGUGAGUUUCUAUAAGCAGUUUAUAGAGAAAUUUAGCGAUCUUACAGCACCGAUAACAGACUUGCUUAAAGGGAAAAAAGUGCAAAAUUGGACAAAAGAAGCUGAAGAGAAUUUUCUAAAAAUAAAGUCUAUAUUAGUCUCACCUAAUGUACUAGCGAAUCCAGAUUUUCAGCUCCCCUUCAUCAUCGAGUCAGAUGCAUCGGAUGUGGCCGUAGGUGCGGUGUUGAUCCAGAUCCAGGAUGGAAUCCGCCGCCCGAUUGCCUUCUUUUCGAAGAAACUCUCGGCGACCCAGAAGAAAUACGCACCUACAGAGAAGGAGUGCCUUGGCGUACUACUCGCGAUCGAAAAGUUUCGUCACUUCUUUGAGGGUACCAGGUUCACCGUCAUCACGGAUGCCCAGAGCCUCACCUGGCUGAGGAAGAUAAGCGCCGAUGGUGGAUCCGCGAAGUUAAUCCGGUGGGCUCUGAAAUUACAACAAUACGAUUUUGAACUACAAUACCGUAAAGGAUCGCUAAACAUUAUGGCUGAUGCGCUUUCGCGAGCAGUUAACAGCAUAAAUGUGAAGGAUAUAGACUAUGAUAAACUUACCGAAAGUAUCUUGCAGGACUCCGUCAAGUACCGGAAUUUCAGGGUAAUCCGAGGGAAAAUUUACAAGCUGGUUCCGUGUUCAGGCCUUGGUGAUGAAAGGUUCGAAUGGAAAUAUAUGCCGCCAGCACAUGAAAGGGUGACACUCCUCAAGGAUGUCCACGAUUCGACCCAUUUCGGCAGGUUCAAGACGUUGAAGAAGUUACAGGAACGCUACUAUUGGCCGGCAAUGGACCAGGACGUCCGUAGAUACUGCCAAGGGUGUGACACGUGCAAGACGUCGAAGCACCCAAACGUGAACAGCACCCCUCCAAUGGGCAAGCAGAAACUCGCAUCACUCCCAUGGCAGGUAGUAUCGCUGGAUCUGGUAGGGCCAUUUCCAAGGUCUAAAAACGGGAACACCGUCCUCUUGGUGGUGACAGAUUUAUUCUCCAAAUUUGUCGUAAUCCAGCCGUUCCGGGAGGCGAAAACACAUGCCAUUGCAACAUUUCUGGAAAAUAUGGUGUUUUUGUUAUUCGGAGUUCCAGAAAUCAUAAUCUCCGACAACGGAGUGCAAUUUAAAUCUAGAGAGUUUGAGAGGCUGAUGAAGUACUACCACGUAACUCACUGGAAGAACGCGAACUACCACCCAGCUAACAAUCCCACCGAACGCGUAAAUCGCGUGAUCGUAGCAGCCAUUCGAGCACACUUGAAAGACGACCACCGAGACUGGGACAAAAAUAUCCAGCAAGUGGCUAUGGCUAUACGAACCGCUGUUCAUGAGACAACCCAGUUUACUCCUUACUUCGUCAAUUACGGACGAAAUUACAUUAGUAGCGGCAAUGAGUAUUCUCGACUUCGUGAAAUUGGAGCUGAAACGAGCUAUGAGCCUGAAGCAGAACAAUCCCUUCAAACAAGGGUGCACCCCUCGGGUCGUGGAUCCAGAACGACCGAGCGAAGGACGGAUCCCUUCAUUGAGGUCGACUCGCAGGGACGUCCCGUACACGUGUUGGACUGA